AUGAUAACUAAAGGCUUAGAUGUUUUACCAAUACAGAUUAGGAAUAAUAUUAUCUUUAUUGAAGAAACUAAGUCUUUAAUUUACUAAGCCAAUAGCGAUUUUACUUAUAGAUACAGCACUAUUAAUGACUAAGGAGUUAUUGUAUCAACUUAUUUGCUAAAUGGAUUAAAUAAUAUUGAUAUUGAAACCAAAUAUUAUAUAGACAAUAACAUAAUAUACCUAUUUUACUACCAAAUUAUAUCGUACCAGACUAUAGACUUGAAUUUAAUGGCUUCUGGAUAAUCUGGAUAUUUAAAAACAUUAUAUUAUCCAACAGCUGCUCAUCCAUGCACAACCAAUGCAAUUUAGAUUUAUAAAAUAGGAGCAUGUUUCUAUUAUUUGUGUUUUGACUCUUCAAAUUUAUUUUUGCUGCAAAGUUUAAUAUUUUAAGAGUUAUUUACUACUACAAAAGCUUAUACUUCAAAAUCUUUGGGAUUGGGAAUGAGAAAUGAAAAAAGUUAUAUUAUUUUAGAUGAUUAAUUGUUUACAAAUGGAACUAUUAAUAAUAUUAAGCUCUCAUUUGCAAAUACUUUUGAUAUUUAGUUAAUAAAUAUGAAAUGGAACUUAUACCUCAUAGAUGAUUACUUAACUAAAGUGUAAAUAAGCAAUUCAAUAUUUAAAGAUAUUGCAUCUGUAAAACUAUAUAAUACACCCAAAAACCUUCUCGUUUCUGAUGUGAUAGAUUUUCCAACAGAACUUUAAUCAACAGGAGUAAACUUGCCUUUCAUAGAUUAUCUAACUUUUUUGUAGUACCAGAACAUGAUAUUUAUUGGUUCAUAUUAGUAUAACAUAGCAUAUAUACCCUCAAAUAAUUAAGUUGAAGUGACUUAAAAUCCUUAUUCUGUCACUUUUCAGGCUAUGCAAGGAUAUAAUCAGUAUUUAAUAAACAUUUACUAAGCAUAUAAUUUUUGUGUUCCUCACUGUUAAACUUGUGCAUCAAUGAUAACUUGCUCAAUUUGUUAGUCUCCGUAUUAUUUAGAUAGCUAAUUUUAAUGUGCUGAUAAAUGUCCAACCUAAUUCGUAUUAGAUAGUACUAAUAAAAAAUGUAUUUGUCGCCCUAAUAGCUCUUUAAUUAACCAAAGUUGUCCCUGUAAUAAAACAUAUUUUGAUUCUAAUGGGAGUUGCUUGAAUUGCCCUUAAAAUUGUGUUACUUGUACUUCUUUAACUAUUUGUUAAAUUUGUCAAACUGGUUAUUUUAAUCUAGAUGGUAAUUGUGUUUAAUCAUGUCCUAAUAAUUUUAUUAUAGAUUAAAAUAAUAAAAAAUGUAUUUGUCGCCCUAAUAGCUCUUUAAUUAACCAAAGUUGUCCCUGUAAUAAAACAUAUUUUGAUUCUAAUGGGAGUUGCUUGAAUUGCCCUUAAAAUUGUAUUACUUGUACUUCUUUAACUAUUUGUUAAAUUUGUCAAACUGGUUAUUUUAAUCUAGAUGGUAAUUGUGUUUAAUCAUGUCCUAAUAAUUUUAUUAUAGAUUAAAAUAAUAAAAAAUGUAUCUGUCGUCUAAAUAGUACUUUACAAAAUUCAUCUUGUCCUUGUAAUGAUGGCUAUGUUGAUAUAAAUGAUAUUUGUUAACCAUGUCCACCAAAUUGUAAAAUAUGCAAUAAUCAACUUUUUUGUUCAGCUUGUGUUUAAAAUUAUUAUUUGACAGUUUAAGAAACCUGUGUACUUUCUUGCCCUCCACCUUUUAUUCCAGAUAUAACAAAUACUAAAUGUAUUUGCCGCCUGAACAGUAAUUUAUAAAAUGCAUAAUGUCCAUGCAAUGAUGGCUAUGUUGAUAUAAAUAAUGUUUGCCUAUAAUGUCCACCUAAUUGUAAAUUAUGCGCAAGCUAAUCUGUUUGUACAUUAUGUGCUUAAAAUUAUUAUUUAUCAGCUUAAUAAGUUUGUGUCUCUUCUUGUCCUGCAACAUUUAUAAUUGACUAAAGUUCUACAAAAUGUGUCUGUGAUGUAAAAAAAAUACUGCAAAAUGGAAUUUGUUCUGAUUAGUGCAACUCAAAUUGUUAAACUUGUGAUAAAAAUAACAAUAAAAUAUGCUCUGCCUGCUAUCCAGGAUUUGCUUUGUAUGAAUAGACAUGCCAAUAAGUUUAUUUGAAUUAUGGUUCACAGAAUGAAUAAAUCUAUCAAUUAACUUAUGUAAUAUCUGAAGUAGCUUAAUAUAGCUCAAUAUUGAAAAAUACCAUCUCAAAAAUUGAAGUUUUUAAAUUUAUUCUAAGGCGUUACUCAUGA